AUGACCUCACGCAGUCACGUCGUCGAGAGAGGCGGCGGAGCCGGGGAUUGGCUGGCGGCGGCUCAGCGGCACUUCAAAGCCGGCGAGGGAGCUACAAUUGUGGUGGAAUGGGCGGAACUGAUCAUUGUAUUGCACACCUCUAAAAAAAACACUGCCUCUGAUUUAUCAAUAUAAAAAAGAUCCUCUGAGAGGAGGGCACUUUUGUGUGAUGGCAACUUCACUUCUAGGGGAGGAACCGCGGGUAGGCUCCACGCCGCUGGCCAUGCUUGCCGCGACCUGCAACAAGAUCGGCAGCCCCAGCCCCUCGCCGUCCGCCCUCUCGGACAGCGCGUCCUCCUUCGGCAAAGGCUUCCAUCCCUGGAAACGCUCCUCCUCUUCGUCCUCGGCGGGCAGCUGCGGCGCCGUGGGCUCUGGCCUGCCGGGCUUCGGCGUGGCGGGCGCGGCGCGGAACGGCUCCUCGGCGGCGGCGGCGGCGGCAGCAGCGGCGGCGGCGGCGGCCGCUCUAGUCUCGGACUCUUUCAGCUGCGGCGGCUCGCCGGGCUCCAGCGCUUUCUCCCUCACCUCCAGCAGCGCGGCGGCCGCCAGCUCGCCCUUCGCCAACGACUACUCCGUCUUCCAGGCGCCGGGUAGCGGCGGCGGCGGCGGCGGAGGCGGCGGCGGUGGGGCGGCGGGACAGGAGGCGGCGGCGCACCAGCCCGUCUUCAUCUCCAAGGUGCACACGUCGGUGGAAGGGCUCCAGGGCAUUUACCCGCGGGUGGGCAUGGCGCACCCCUACGAAUCCUGGUUCAAGCCCUCGCACCCGGGGCUGGGCGCCGGCGAGGUGGGUUCGGCGGGCGCCUCCAGCUGGUGGGACGUGGGGGCCGGCUGGAUCGACGUGCAGAGCCCCAACGGGGCGGCCUCGCUGCCUGGCUCGCUUCAUCCAGCUGCCGGCGGGCUCCAGACCUCGCUCCACUCGCCGCUGGGCGGCUACAACUCGGAUUACUCGGGCCUGGGCCACUCAGCCUUCAGCAGCGGCGCCUCCUCGCACCUCCUCAACCCUGCCGGGCAGCACCUCAUGGACGGAUUUAAGCCGGUGCUACCCGGCUCCUACCCGGACUCGGCCCCCUCGCCGCUGGCCGGCGCCGGUGGCUCCAUGCUGGGCGGCGGCCCCGCCGCACCUCUGGCCGCCUCUCCGCGCUCCUCCGCCCGCCGCUACUCGGGUCGUGCCACCUGCGACUGCCCCAACUGCCAGGAAGCCGAGCGGCUGGGGCCAGCCGGGGCCAGCCUGCGGCGCAAGGGGCUGCACAGCUGCCACAUCCCCGGCUGCGGCAAGGUCUAUGGCAAGACCUCGCACCUGAAGGCGCACCUGCGCUGGCACACGGGCGAGCGGCCCUUCGUCUGCAACUGGCUCUUCUGCGGCAAGCGCUUCACCCGCUCCGACGAACUGCAGCGGCAUCUGCGGACCCACACGGGCGAGAAGCGCUUCGCCUGCCCCGUCUGCAACAAGCGCUUCAUGCGCAGCGACCAUCUCAGCAAGCACGUCAAGACCCACAGCGGCCCCGGCGGCGCCGGCGGCCCGGGCGGCGGCGGUCCCGGCGGCGGCCCCGGCCCCGGAGGCAAGAAGGGCAGCGACACCGACAGCGAGCACAGCGCGGCCGGCAGCCCGUCCUGCCACUCCCCGGAGCUGCUGCCGCCCCCCGAACCCGGCCACCGCAACGGCAUGGAGUGA